CUAUAAACACAUUUGCAAUAGAAUGCAAAAACUCAAAAUGGGUUCGCACAAAACUACUUCCAUGUAUAAUUCCCUUCUCGUUUUCAUGAUGAUGGCCUUACUAGCCCUACUUCUUGAACCCUCCCAUGCCCAAAAUACACCACAAGACUAUGCCAACACCCACAACACGGCUCGUAACCAAGUGGGUGUCUCCAACAUGACAUGGGACGAUGCGAUUGCCACAUAUGCACAAAAUUACGCUGAUUCCAGAAUCGAUGACUGCAAUCUUGUGCACUCCAAUGGAACUUACGGCGAGAACCUCGCAAAGGGAAGCAGCGGCACCUUCUCCGGUGUCGAUGCCGUGAAUUUGUGGGUGGCGGAGAAAGCUUACUAUAACUACACUUCUAAUUCUUGUGCUGUAGGGCAGCAGUGUGGUCAUUACACUCAAGUGGUUUGGCGCAACUCGGUUCGACUUGGGUGCGCGAGGGUUCGUUGCAACAAUGGGUGGUGGUUCGUUACUUGCAACUAUGAUCCACCGGGCAAUUAUGUUGGCCAACGCCCUUACUAGUUAAUUAAUUAACUAAAUUGUCAUAAUAAUCUCUUUCAUGAGAAUUGUUCUAAUUCAAAGAUAAAUAAAACCAAUAAUAAUUUCUUUAUAGUA